AUGGUCCGCUGUGCGCUGAACGUGGCGGGCGGCGCUGCGGCCCUCUCGGCCUUCUGCGUCGCCGCCGUCUACGGCUCGUCAGCCGUCAACGCGACGGCGACCGGCGCUGUGCCCAUGACGCUCUUGGAGACGCUCGAAGAGCUCAACUCGCUCAACUUUCUCCUGCCGUACUGGCAGUACAUGCUCGACAACUACGACGAGUUCACGAUCAACGCCGGCUUGACGUUCGUGCUCCACGAAAUUGUCUACUUUGGCGGCUGGAUCCCGUACCUGUUGCUCGACUACGUCCCGUGGGUCCAAAAGUACAAGAUCCAGGACAAGCCCAACACGUGGGCCAUGACCGCCAAGUGCCUCAAGCUGCUUGCGUUCAACCACGUGAUUGUGCAGCUGCCGAUGAUGAUCUCGAGCCAUAGCAGCUUGACGAUGCUCGGCUUUGGCAUGGAGGCGCCGCUCCCGACCGCGUGGACGAUCUUCUGGAAGGUCAUGGUUUCGGCCGUCCUCGAAGACUUUUACAACUACUGGGCGCACCGCUUCUUGCAUUGGAAGAAGAUCUACAAGUACAUCCACAAGCUCCACCACGAGUACGCGGCGCCGUUCGGCAUCACGGCCGAGUACGCGCACCCAGCCGAGACGCUCAUCCUUGGCCUUGGCACGUUUCUCGGGCCGCUUCUGCUGACGCGCCACCUCCUCACGCUCUGGGUCUGGAUGGUCGUCCGCAUCAUGCAGUCGAUCGAUAGCCACUCGGGGUACGACCUGCCGUUCGCGCUCACGUCGUGGCUGCCGUUCUGGGGCGGCCCCGUGCACCACGACUACCACCACGAAAAGUUCGACUGCAACUACGCGUCGUUUUUUACGAUCUGGGACUGGGUCUUUGGCACCGACGUCCAGUUCCGCGAAGCGCAGCACAUCAAGUACACGACGGGCAAGAGCUCGUGGUCCGAUGCGUUCUACAAGCUCGGCCUCGCCUCGUACGUCAAGAAGGACGCGGACGCCAAGAAGGCCAAGACGGCAUAG